AUGGACACCCUAUUAACUGCGGAUAUUGUUGCUAACUCCCCGCGAUUCCGGCGCAAGUCGUCAACAUUUGUUGAUGCAAUUCAUGACCUCCCCGAAAAGGCCGAUUUAGCACCGGCUCAGUUGUAUAGUACAGAGUCCGGCCGACUUUUCCACUCCGGUCGGAUUGUCAUUAUUACUGUGGGCUUACCAGCAAGGGGCAAGACACAUAUAUCAGUAGCUCUGGCGCGCUAUCUUAGGUGGUUGGGCGUUAAGACUAGGAUCUUCCACCUUGGAGACUACAGACGUGCCACUAUCCCAGUUGGUCAGGACAUCCCUGAUGAUUACUUCUUCGUUAACGCAUCUGCUUCCUCAGUACUUCUGAGGCAAAAGAUUGUAAAACGGUGCCGGGAAGACAUAUACCAAUUUUUGAAUGAUGAAAAUGGCCAGAUAGCAAUAUAUGAUGCUGUUAACCCCUUAGCUUCAGGACGACGAUCGCUUGCGAAGGAGUUCUCCAAGCAUGAUAUUGAGACCCUUUUUAUUGAGUCAUGGUGCGAUGAUGAGCGCAUUAUCGAAGAGAAUGUCCUUCGGGUAAAAAUAUCUUCACCCGAUUAUGUAGGCUGGACCUCGGAGGAGGCAGUGAAGCACUAUUUGACCCGUAUACACGCUCGGAUCCCUCAGUUCCAGACGAUGGAGGAAAAAGACCUGAACUAUAUCAAGAUGAUCAAUGCUGGCGAAAGGCUGAUUGUUAACAAUCGAAGUUUUGGUUAUCUUUCCCAUCGGAUCGUUUUUUAUCUUCUCAACCUUCACAUAAAAUCUAGACAUACAUACUUUGCGCGGGCCGGUGUUUCCCUGGAAGCUGACUCUUACAAAGCUGAUGCUUCCUUGUCAGAACAAGGGGAGGACUAUGCUAAGAAAAUGACUGAGUGUCUACUGAGGCACAGAGAGUCUGAGAAGCAAGCAACAAUCGACCAAGGAGAGACAGACUAUGAGUUGAAACCGUUGACAGUUUGGACUUCCACUAGGCGAAGGACAAUCGAAACCGCAAAGUAUCUUCACGAGACCGGAUACAAAGUCCGACAGAGAUCACAACUGAGCCAAUUGAACCCAGGCGUUUGCGAAAAGAUGUCAGAAAAGAAGAUUCGUGAAGAAUAUCCAGACGAGGUAGCAAAGCAUGAAUUGGAUCCUUAUCACCAUAGGUACCCUCGGGCAGAGUCGUAUCACGACCUUGCUGUGCGCCUUGAACCUAUAAUAUUGGAGCUUGAACGUGAGCAGAAUGAUCUCCUCAUUAUUGCACAUGAAAGCGUCCUAAGGGUUCUAUACGGCUAUCUUAUGGCAUGUAAUGCGGCGGAUAUUCCAUUCCUAGAGUUCCCUCGGGACGAGAUAAUCGAGAUCAUCCCGGAAAGCUACCAAAAUGAGGCUCGUAGGAUCCAUAUUCCGGACCUCCCCAAGGAAAUCAUUCCUGGCUCACCCCAAGACAUCAAAAUACCUGUGCCCCCCAGUGGGGUCACCACCCCUUUGGUUGGAGGAUUAAGUAGUCCACAAGACGGGUUUUCGACGCCACAAAGCGGACUUCGGACCCCUCGUGAGCCCGAGAGAAUAUCGCAGCAGCAUACCCCAAAAUCAAAGCUCAUGGUAUCCAUCACAAGCGAUUAUAUCAGUGUCGGCGGAAACAGGCAACCCGCCGCCGCUGACUGGGAUGUUCAGUCCGGAGUGCUUGCCUUUGGUGCGGACAACAAUGUGGCUUUGUGGGACCCUAAGGAUAAGUUUCAGCGUGGGGUCUACUCUCUUCUUGUCGGUCAUACCGACAAGGUCAAUGCCGUUAGAUUCUACACAUAUCCCGUUACGGGCACAAAAUUCCUUGUCACUGCUGCUGCUGAUCACACAGUUCGGAUAUGGCGAGCUGUAACGGGUACCAAUCUCCAAUUCACGCAUGCGCAAACUCUAGAAGGUCAUACAAGCUCGAUAAACGCAGUCGCUGUCAGUGAUGGAGCGGAUCUCGUUGCAUCUGGAGCGGCAGAUGGAAGUGUCAAAAUUUGGAGAAUAAUGUCCCAGGGAGAAGAAACCAAGAGCGAGUUACUCACAACUAUAGUUAUGAAGCCACGCUUUUUCCCUCUGGCAUUGGAUCUGAAGCCGCUCCAGGCAGAUGGACCCAUGAUAUUGGCAGUUGCAGGCACUACAAGCAUGAUACAUAUCUACAUCCUCGAAGACCCGCUCGGUGAUACUAGUUUCAGGCUUGCUGCUGUGCUAUCCGGUCACGAGGCUUGGGUGCGUUCUCUGUCAUUUACGCGAGAUAAGCAGAGCAAAACAGGAGACCUUUUGCUCGCGUCUGCUAGCCAGGACAAGUAUAUUCGCCUCUGGCGAAUCCAACGCGGGGAGGUUACCCUUGCAGGGGCGGCAGGAGAAGAGGACCCCGUGCUAGGCGAACUCGAACCGACACUAUCAAAUAAAGCUCAUCAAUUUAAUGCGGCGGGGUCGAAGUAUUCUGUUACUUUCGAAGCUCUUCUGUUCGGGAAUGAGGACUGGAUUUACACUACUGCAUGGAACCCCAGCCCCGAACGUCAACAACUUCUCUCUGCUUCUGCGGAUAAUACCUUGACUAUCUGGGAACAAGAUACCGUCUCUGGAGUUUGGGUUUCAGCUGAAAGGAUGGGGGAAAUCAGUGUUCAGAAGGGGUCUACUACAGCUACAGGUAGCACCGGUGGCUUCUGGAUUGGCCUCUGGUCACCGGACGGUAACCAAGUAGUAAGCCUUGGACGAACAGGUAGCUGGAGGGCAUGGAGCUACGAUGCGGAUGCGGAUGUCUGGGUGCAGAUCCUGGGCAUAUCGGGACAUGUGCGCUCGGUUAAUGGCGUACGGUGGGAACCUACUGGGGGUUAUUUGUUGUCUACCAGUGGAGACCAGACGACUCGACUUCAUGCCCAAUGGCUGCGUGAUGGAAAACAGUCUUGGCAUGAGUUCUCGAGGCCACAAAUUCACGGCUAUGAUCUGAACUGUGUCGAUACAUUGGGACCUGCGCGCUUCGUUUCCGGUGCAGACGAGAAGCUUUUGCGGGUUUUCAACGAGCCCAAACCAAUCGCUAGGUUACUAGAGAAACUCUCUGGAUUCAAGCAAUCAGCAGGAGAACUGCCAGACACGGCUCAGAUCCCGGUUUUGGGUCUCUCAAAUCAAUCGAUGGGAGAAACUCCAAUGGGAGAGGGGGAGGGCCAGGAGGCAAAUGCUACCAAUACUGGACAAGCCCAGGCAAAUCAAACAAUACUCUCGGAUUCAAAUCAGCCACCCUUAGAAGACCACCUAGCGCGCUACACACUAUGGCCAGAACACGAAAAACUCUAUGGUCAUGGCUAUGAAAUCUCGGCUGUGGCUGUCAGUCAUGACUGCACACUCAUUGCUACGGCCUGUAAGGCGAGCUCAAUAGAUCAUGCAGUGGUUCGUCUCUAUGAUAUAUCGGACUGGCAUGAGAUACGGCCUUCCCUUGCAGCACAUUCUUUAACUAUUACGAGCCUUUCCUUUUCCAGCGAUGAUCAGUACCUACUGAGCGUUGGUCGAGACCGGCAAUGGGCAAUUUACUGCCGCAGUGAACAAGACCGAUCUGCAUUCUCACUCAUGGAAUCUCACCCUAAGGGCCAUUCAAGAAUGAUCUUGGAUGCUGCUUGGGCCCCUAUACCGGAUAUCCACACUUUCGCCACAGCUGGUCGCGAUAAGUUAGUGAAAAUCUGGCAAAUUAGCAACGGGUCCUUUGUAUGCAAAACAAUAAUCACACUGAAGAGCUCCGUUACUGCAAUAUCAUUCCUCCCGAGGGUGCAGGCGAACUCCGUCUUCCUUGCUACAGGCGAGGAUAGCGGCGAACUGUCGUUAUACAAAAUCGCAUUUGACAGCCUGGAGGCAACACAUCUGGGUAAUAUCGACAAGCUAAUAUCCCCGUCCAAGGCGAUCACACAACUCGCAUGGCGACCUUCUGCAAAAUACGAUACCAGCCAAGACGAAUAUAGUCACAGGCUUGCCGUUGCAAGUGAGGACACUUCAACACGUAUAUAUGCUAUUUCGAACAUGAUUUCAUGA